AUGGCACGCCAAGUAUUUGUCAUUGCCCUUGCUUUCAUGGCUGUUGUUGGGGCAUUUGCUGCCAAUUCUUCACCUUCCGCGUCGCCAUCUUCUUCUCCUGCUGCCAGCCCCGCAGGUGGCCCAGCUAGCGACCUUGCUUUUUCCCCUGGUGUCGAGAGUCCAAAUGAAAGCGAGGGCCCAAGUGAGGAACCAAGCGAGGACCCAAGCGAAGGCCCAGCGGCGGACGAACCCGCUGCUGACUCUCUAGAUGCCGACUAUUCUGGUGGUGAUGCCCCUGCUUCUGGCCCUGCUGGUGCUAAUGCCCCAGCAUACGAAGCUCCUCCAGCCGAUGCUGCUGCAUAA